CGAUUGGCCUAAGUGACUUGGAUUUGUUUGGCAUGCCCACGGGGGCCCCACCAUGACAGUAAAACAAAUGACAGGGGAGAAUCUGAAAUCCCCUCCCCUCCCACUCCUGCCUCACCAGAUUUGAUACAUAUGCAAACCCUGCUGGCUGUUGCUUCUCAGCAGGGCCAGAAGCUUUGCCUUUGGCCUAGCAGUAGCUACCAGGAGAUCUUCCUGCGAGAGGUGCCUAACAGCUUCAGAGGAAUCAGCACUUGAGCAGUGGGAGCUCUGAGGCAGAGGUGCACUGUUGAGGUCAGCGAGCUGCAAUUUUUGUGGGUUGGGAAGGAAUGGAGAAGCAACACAUCAAGAUGGCCAUGCUGAAGCAAGAACAGACAUUCAGACAGCAGGUUCAUGAGCUGCACCGUGUAUACCGGGUUCAGAAGCAGCUGAUGAUGCAGAUGCAUGUUACGGAGAAGAAAGACUACGGCAACAUAGCUGCAGAGGGACAAACUGAAUCUACAGGAAAGCUCAGUCACCAACAAUGGUACGGUAGCUCAGUCAAGGAGGAGGCUGCACUGGCAGAAGACUUCAACCUGGAGCUGACGCUGGGAACAGGUACUGCCAUGACGAAGCAAGAGAAGCCGUCCGACUCAGACUCCGAAGCAACAAUAUCAUCAUCAACAUCUGCAGAAUCAGAGUCAGGGCGGAGAUUUGCGCCUGACUCCAAUGUAGCAACCCUGAGGUUUCAGAAUGAGAGCAAUAGGCAUGAUGAUAAGGUUAUGCAGUCUCCAUGGCUAUACCAGUGUUUUAAGUCUCAAGAUGGCAUGAAGGCAUAGCUAGGGUUGGCAUGAGGGUGCCUCAAGAUUUGAAAAGCCAAAACAAAAGCAAAUGCAUUGCUGUAUGUAUAGUACAAGCGAAUUCAAUGCAACUUUAGGAGUGAGAUCAAAAGAAUCAAGCAUUUCUCUCAAAAGAACUAACAUAGUCUGGUCUCAUUUGCCACAAAGAACAAACAGGUUCACCUUACAUCACCACAACUAGGUGCAGAGAUCUAGUUCAAAAAAGUUCUAGCUUUCGAGGUGGACUGAAGACCUUAGGAAGAUAGUAUGGUAGUAUAAUUCUGCCAUCCAGACGGGCUUCUACUUGACUCUGUUUUUGGCUGAAGCCCGGUGGAUACUAUUCCCUAACCAAAAACAACGGAUGCAUACGAAGCAAUCCGAUCUCUGUUUCCAGCGUAACAUUGUUGGUCAAUAAAAUGAUAGAUAAUAUCAUAGUUCCA